UCCACGCCUUGUCCCAUCUCUCGUGUCAGUUAGCCGGUCGACGAUUGUGAGAUAUCCGAAGGAUGCUUGCUCGAGCAAGGGGGGGCCCGCCACGGAGGUGUCUUCUUCUUCUUCUUGUCUUUCUUCCACGUUCUCUCUUGCUCUGUUCAUUUCAACCAUCGUGGCGCCGUGAGCACCGUCGGGUCCAUUCGCUGUCAACGAUGCCAGGAUGCGGCAGUGUGGAAAAUGGUGGGCGGUGGGUUGAGGGGGAGGGCGAAUGACUAGCGCAGGGCGUGUGCACGCACGCCGGGCCUCAGCUCAACAGACAGCCAGGGAGCUAGCUAGGCCUUGUCGUGUACUAUCCACAUUAUGUACAUACUGACUGACGCUCAAACAACCUCUCGGAAGCGGAAGCGGAACACCAGCGAACGAGGCCAGGAAAAAAAAAGCCUUGGGGUUGGAUCGUCGCCAGCCAGCCCAAUGGCUCCAGAAAAAUCAAACACUACCAUACAUGCUCUAUCCACUUCCUUACUACUGACCACCACCAAAUAAAUACUUCAUCACCCUUCUGCUCCCCACCUGCCCUCCCUGCCCUCCUCUCCCUCCUCCCUCCCUCCAUCCCCCCUCCGACAUUGUGAUUGCUCUUCACCUGCAUCAUCAUCUCUUACUCCAUCUAUCUUAAUAGACGACCACUGCCUCUACUAUAUACCCGCGAGCCACUUCACCCCUCGCCUCUCUAUUAGCCGUGCUUUUUGCUAUUUACCUACCCUCCCACCUAUUUAUCUAUCCCUUCAUCAAUUCUCAUCAUUGCCGCUUUCCAGUGGUUUUUGAUGCCGAGUUUGUGAUUGAGGGUUCCGCUAAUCCUUCUGCGCUGACCCGCCCAAUCAAAAUUUCACACCGUCCGGUACCUUCUGUGCUCCUCCGCCAGUUGAUACCUUCGACUUUCCGGCCUCCCCACCGGCCGCUUCCCCGAAACCCAGUACUGUGUGCCUGCCCGCCAUCUAAUCUGGCAGCCGCCGCUGGUUCCAUCGAUUCUGAGCAAUUGAUUCCUCCAUCUCUUGCUCCCUCCCCUCGUCGUCGUCGUAUUCUCUCUCCUCCAGCAGAGUAAUCCCCGACUCCCGAGCCCUCUACCCGUCACCCGGCCGCCGAUCCACCGAAUAAAUUUCAAUUCCUCCUCACCUCCACUCCCGAGUGCGUAGCGUUUCCUGUGGAGAUAUACACACACAAAAUGGUCGGAGUCCAGCAGAACGGAGCUAAUGGCUCCUCCAACGGCGCUCCCAGCUCCAUGGCCGCCAAGUACAAUCUCGCGCCGCAUUUCAUCGGCGGAAACUCCCUCAACCACGCUGCUCCCAGCAAGGUGAGGGACUUUGUUGCGGCCCACGACGGUCACACCGUCAUCACAAAUGUCCUCAUUGCCAAUAACGGUAUUGCUGCCGUCAAGGAAAUCCGUUCCGUACGGAAAUGGGCAUACGAGACUUUUGGCGAUGAGCGAGCUAUCUUGUUCACUGUCAUGGCGACGCCAGAAGAUUUGCAGGCCAACGCCGAGUACAUCCGUAUGGCAGACCAAUAUGUUGAGGUACCUGGAGGUACCAACAACAACAACUACGCCAACGUCGAACUCAUUGUGGACGUGGCUGAGCGUAUGAAUGUACACGCCGUAUGGGCAGGGUGGGGCCACGCCUCAGAAAACCCUAAGCUACCCGAGUCCCUCGCCGCAUCGCCCAAGAAGAUCGUCUUCAUUGGUCCCCCAGGCUCCGCUAUGCGGUCGCUAGGAGACAAAAUCUCUUCCACAAUCGUCGCACAACACGCCAAAGUUCCCUGUAUCCCGUGGUCGGGAGAGGGUGUAGACCAAGUCAAGGUGGACAACAAUGGAAUCGUCACUGUCGAAGAUCACAUUUAUGACAAGGGUUGCACAAAGACACCUGAAGAGGGUCUUGAGGUGGCCAAGAAGAUUGGUUUCCCCGUCAUGGUGAAGGCCUCCGAAGGUGGUGGUGGUAAGGGUAUCCGAAAGGUGGAGAAUGAAGAGGAUUUUGUUCAACUCUACCGCGCCGCCGCCUCCGAGAUUCCUGGCUCGCCCAUCUUCAUCAUGAAGCUGGCGGGAAGCGCCCGUCAUUUGGAAGUGCAGCUUUUGGCCGAUCAGUAUGGUAACAACAUUUCGCUCUUUGGCCGUGACUGCUCCGUCCAGCGACGUCACCAGAAGAUUAUCGAAGAGGCCCCCGUGACGGUGGCCCAAUCCCACACUUUCCGUGAAAUGGAAAAGGCUGCCGUAUCCCUCGGCAGGCUCGUGGGCUACGUCUCUGCUGGUACAGUUGAAUACCUGUACUCGCACGCUGACGACAAGUUCUACUUCCUCGAACUUAACCCCCGUCUCCAGGUCGAGCAUCCUACCACUGAGAUGGUCACUGGAGUCAACCUGCCAGCUGCGCAGCUUCAGAUUGCCAUGGGUCUUCCUCUGCACAGAAUCCGUGACAUUCGGUUGUUGUACGGUGCCGACCCCCACACGAGCGGACCGAUUGACUUCGAUUUCUCUCAAGAGGGCAGCGCCCAGAACCAGCGCCGACCGACCCCCAAGGGCCACUGCACAGCUUGCCGUAUCACUUCAGAAGAUCCCGACGAGGGCUUCAAGCCUUCCGGAGGUACUUUGCAAGAUUUGAACUUCAGGAGUAGCUCCAAUGUAUGGGGUUAUUUCUCCGUCGGUACCGCUGGUGGCAUCCACAGCUACUCGGAUUCUCAGUUCGGUCACAUUUUCGCGUACGGCGAGAACCGACAGGCCUCGAGGAAACACAUGGUUGUUGCGCUCAAAGAAUUGAGUAUCCGUGGUGAUUUCCGAACGACUGUCGAAUAUCUGAUCAAGCUGCUCGAGACCCCCGCCUUCGAGGACAACACCAUCACGACUGGCUGGCUCGACGAGCUCAUUUCUAAGAAGUUGACCGCCGAACGCCCUGACCCCAUCAUCGCUGUCAUCUGCGGUGCCGUGACCAAGGCCCAUGUCGCCAGCGAAGCCUGCAUCAACGAGUACAAGACAAGCUUGGAGAAGGGCCAGGUCCCAUCCAAAGAGGUACUCAAGACCGUCUUCCCCAUUGAUUUCAUCUACGAGGGUUACCGCUACAAAUUCACCGCCACCCGAUCCAGUAUCGACAGCUUCACGCUUUUCAUCAACGGUUCCAAGUGCUCCAUCGGCAUCCGCGCCCUUGCUGACGGUGGUCUGCUCGUACUGCUCGGCGGCAAGUCCCACAACAUUUACUGGAAGGAAGAGGUGGGCGCCACCCGUCUCUCUGUAGAUGGAAAGACCUGCUUGCUCGAGCAAGAAAACGACCCUACUCAGUUGCGCACACCUUCUCCCGGAAAGUUGGUCAAGUUCACCGUGGAGAACGGCGACCACAUCAAGAAGGGUCAGGCUUUCGCCGAAGUCGAGGUCAUGAAGAUGUACAUGCCUCUGAUUGCCCAAGAAGACGGUUUUGUGAACCUCAUCAAGCAGCCCGGAGCAACCCUCGAGGCUGGAGACAUUCUGGGUAUACUUGCACUGGAUGAUCCUUCCAAGGUCAAAUCUGCUCAGCCGUUCUUGGACCUCCUCCCCGAUCUAGGCCCACCACAAGUGAUGGGUAACAAGCCGCCCCAGAGAUUCGCCUACCUCUUCGGAAUUCUCGAAAAUAUUUUGCAGGGUUUCGACAACCAAGUCAUCAUGCAGAGCACCCUUAGGGAGCUUGUUGAGGUUUUGCGCGAUCAAGAAUUGCCCUAUGGCGAAUGGAAUGCGCAGGCGUCUGCCCUCCAUGCACGCAUGCCCCAGAAACUCGACACUACUCUUGCACAGAUCGUCGAGCGUGCUCACAGCCGUAACCUCGAGUUCCCUGCUAAACAGCUCAACAAGGCUUUCCAGCGCUUCUUGGACGAUAACCUUACCAAGAACGACGCAGAACUUCUCAAAGCCGGCCUUACUCCGUUGACCGAUGUGAUCGGCCGUUACGCCGACGGCCUCAAAGCGCAUGAGUAUUCUGUUGCGAUCAAGCUCCUUGACUUGUACCUGAAGGUAGAGAAUCUCUUUUCCAACAGUGCUGGCCGUGACGAGGAGGUCGUUUUGAAGCUCCGUGACGAGAACCGCGACACCAUCACCAAUGUCGUACACACCGUUCUGUCCCACACUCGGGUUAGCGCAAAGAACAACUUGAUCCUCGCUAUUCUCGACCUGUAUCGUCCCAACAAGCCAGGCGCUGGAAAUGUCGGCAAAUACUUCAAGAGCGCGUUGACAAAGCUCACCGAGCUUGAGUCAAGGCAGACUGCCAAGGUCUCGCUCAAGGCCCGCGAGGUUCUUAUCCAAUGCGCCAUGCCUUCUCUCGAGGAGCGCACAUCUCAGAUGGAACACAUCCUCCGAUCCGCAGUCGUUGAAUCGCGUUACGGUGAGACUGGGUGGGAGCAUCGUGAGCCCAAUUUCGAUGUCAUCAAGGAAGUUGUUGACUCUCGGUUCACCGUUUUCGAUGUCCUGCCGCAAUUCUUCGUUCACCCGGACCCAUGGGUUGCCCUUGCUGCUCUAGAAGUAUACACUCGUCGUGCAUACCGUGCUUACCAGCUAAAGGAGAUCAACUAUCACACCGACGGCGAGCAACCCUAUAUGCUCUCGUGGGACUUUGUUCUUCGAAAGGUUGGUGAGUCUGAGUACGGCUUGCCCGCUGAUGCAUCGCAGCCCGCUACUCCCGGCACUCCUGGCUUCGAGCGACCUCCCCGUAUUCACUCUAUCAGUGACAUGUCGUACCUCGACUCCCGCAUUGAGGCAGGCGAACCUUCCAGGAAGGGUGUUGUUGUCCCCGUUGAGUAUCUUGACGAUGCCGAUGAAUCAUUGGGCAAAGCCCUUGAUCUGUUCCCAUCGGUCGGUCCUUCCAAAAAGGCCAGCACUUUGAACCUGAAGGCGAGCAUGACCUUGAAGCGCACACCGACUAGCGGUGCGUCUGCUUCCAGCUCCGACGAGCUUACCGGUGUUCUCAACGUUGCUGUACGUGACGUUGAGGGUUUCGAUGAUCAAGAGAUCAUGGAACGCAUUCUCCCAAUUGUCAAGGACUACAAAGAGGAGCUCUUGGCGCGCCGCGUUCGCCGUCUUACUUUCGUCUGUGGCCACAAGGAUGGGACUUACCCCGGAUACUACACCUUCCGCGGACCCAGCUAUGAAGAGGACGACAGCAUCCGUCACGUCGAGCCGGCUCUUGCUUUCCAGCUUGAACUUGGGCGUCUGUCCAAGUUCAACAUCAAACCUGUCUUCACGGAAAAUCGCAACAUCCAUGUCUACGAAGCCGUAGGCAAGGGUGCUGAGAGUGACAAGCGUUACUUCUUGAGGGCUGUUGUUCGCUCCGGCCGCCUCCGGGAAGACAUCCCCACUGCCGAGUACAUGAUCUCUGAGACUGACAGGUUGAUGACUGAUAUUUUGGAUGCUCUGGAGAUCGUCGGUACCUCUCAAGCCGAUAUGAACCACAUCUUCAUCAACUUCUCCCACGUCUUCCCUCUCACGUCUUCGGAGAUCGAAGAGGCCAUUGGUGGGUUCCUGGAUCGUUUCGGCCGACGACUCUGGCGUCUCCGUGUUACUGGUGCCGAAAUUCGCAUCAUUGUCACUGAUCCCAACACUGGUGCCCCGUGCCCUCUUCGUGUUGUCAUUACCAACACCUCUGGAUAUGUCAUCAACGUGGACAUGUACGCCGAGAAGAAGUCGGAGAAGGCUGGUAAGUGGGUGUUCCACAGCAUUGGCGGUACAUCCAAGAUUGGUUCCCUGCACCUUCAGCCAGUCUCCACUCCCUACCCGACCAAGGGCGCUCUCCAGCCGAAGCGUUACAAGGCUCAUCUCAUGGGCACGCAAUAUGUCUAUGACUUCCCCGAGUUGUUCCGCCAGGCCACUGAAAAUAGCUGGAAUGCCGCUGUCGCCAAGCAUCCUCACCUGCGCGAGAAGCAGCCGCCCAAGGGAGAAUGUAUAGAAUACUACGAGUUGGUUCUUGACGACAACGACAACCUGGCUGAGGUCAACCGUGAUCCUGGAUCCAACACCAUCGGCAUGGUUGGAUGGAUCAUCACAGCGAAGACGCCCGAGUACCCUCGUGGCCGUCGUUUCAUCAUUAUUGCCAACGAUAUCACCUUCAAGAUUGGCAGUUUUGGUCCCCAAGAAGAUGGUUUCUUCCACAAAUGCUCAGAGUUGGCUCGCAAACUUGGCAUUCCCCGCAUCUACCUUUCUGCCAACUCUGGUGCUCGUAUCGGUCUUGCUGAGGAGCUCAUUCCUCACUUUUCCGUCGCCUGGAAAGACGAAUCCAAGCCUGAGCAGGGCUUCGAAUACCUCUACCUGACGCCUGCCAAGUACAAGCACUUUGUAGAUGGCAAGCGUAACGAUGUCAUCUGCGACAAGAUCAUUGUGGAUGGCGAAGAGCGUUACAAGAUCACCACUGUUGUCGGUCAGGAAGAUGGUCUCGGUGUUGAGUCUCUCCGUGGUUCCGGUUUGAUCGCUGGUGAGACAUCAAGGGCCUAUGAAGAUAUUUUUACCAUUACCUUGGUUACCUGCCGCUCUGUUGGUAUCGGUGCUUACCUCGUCCGCCUCGGCCAGCGUGCCAUUCAGAUUGAAGGCCAGCCUAUCAUCCUCACCGGUGCUCAGGCUAUCAACAAGCUGCUCGGUCGCGAGGUCUACACUUCCAACUUGCAGCUCGGUGGUACUCAGAUCAUGUACAGGAACGGUGUCUCGCACAUGACCGCAGCCGAUGACUUCGAGGGCGUUUCCAAGAUUGUCAAGUGGCUCUCGUUCGUACCUGACAAGAAGGGCAACCCUGUUCCCAUUUCGCCCACCGCUGAUGACUGGGACCGCGAUGUGACUUACUAUCCCCCUGGCAAAGCGGCCUACGACGUUAGGCACCUCAUUGGUGGCAAGGAAGAUGCCGACGGUUUCCAGUCUGGUCUAUUCGACCGUGACUCUUUCGAGGAAGCUCUCGGUGGAUGGGCCAAGACCGUCGUUGUUGGUCGCGCCCGUCUUGGCGGUAUUCCUGUCGGUGUCAUCGGUGUGGAAACCCGUUCGGUCGAAAACGUCACACCUGCCGAUCCUGCCAACCCCGACUCUAUCGAGCAAGUCGCUUCAGAGGCUGGUGGUGUCUGGUACCCCAACUCCGCUUUCAAGACAGCUCAGGCCAUCAAGGACUUCAACAACGGUGAGCAACUACCGCUGAUGAUCCUUGCCAACUGGCGUGGUUUCUCUGGUGGUCAGCGUGACAUGUAUAACGAAGUGCUCAAAUACGGAUCGUACAUUGUCGAUGCACUUGUCAAGUACGAACAGCCCAUCUUCGUAUACAUUCCCCCGUACGGAGAACUCCGUGGAGGAUCGUGGGUCGUCGUGGAUCCUACCAUCAACUCUCAAUUCAUGGAGAUGUACGCCGAUGAAGAUUCGCGCGGUGGUGUCCUAGAGCCAGAAGGUAUUGUCGGUAUCAAAUAUCGCAAAGACAAGCAACUCGAGACCAUGGCCCGCUUGGACCCAACCUACGGCGCACUAAAGCGCAAGUUGGUGGACCCAUCAACAGCCAAGGAAGACCUUCUGAAGAUCAAGGCGGAGAUGACCGAGCGGGAGCAAAACCUUCUCCCUGUUUACAGCCAAAUCGCGCUUCAAUUCGCCGAUCUCCACGAUCGCUCCGGUCGCAUGGAGGCCAAGGGUGUCAUUCGUUCCUCGCUCCGCUGGCAGAACGCUCGACGAUUCUUCUACUGGCGUCUACGCCGUAGAUUGAAUGAGGAGUACAUUCUCAAGAAGAUGGCAUCUGCCGCCGCUCCUUCCGUCGAUGGAGCCAAGCCCGACGCCAUCACCCGCGUCAAGGGCAUCGAGAUGCUCAAAGCCUGGUCGGCGGUUCCCAAAUUCGAUCAGGAUGACAUGAGUGUCGCGGUGUGGUACGAGGAGAACAGAAAACUCGUACACGACCGGGUCGAGCUGCUCAAGCGUGACGGUAUCGCCAUGGAGAUUGCUCAGCUCAUGCGCAAGGAUAGAGAGGGUGGCCUGAAGGGUGUCAUGGCUCUCUUGUCUACGCUCCCGACGACGGAGAAGGAGGAGGUACUCAAGAUGCUAAGCAAGGCGUAG